GAUCUCCAUUGCUUGCACACAAGUUUAGUGAAGUUCUUUAUAUUCGGUAUAGUGAAGGGUAUUUGACCCUUAGGAAAUAUUAAAAAUGGUCAAAAUGGAACACGAUGAUGGAAAAAAUGAACCAGAACAUGUUAGGAAAUUGUUUAUUGGUGGUUUAGAUUACAGAACUACAGAUGAUUCUUUAAAGAAACAUUUUGAAAAGUGGGGUGAAAUUGUUGACGUGGUAGUAAUGAAAGAUCCGAAGACAAAGCGAUCUAGAGGAUUUGGCUUUAUUACUUAUUCUCGUGCACAUAUGGUAGAUGACGCGCAAAAUGCAAGACCACAUAAAGUAGAUGGACGUGUAGUUGAACCUAAAAGAGCUGUUCCUAGGCAAGAAAUUGGUAGGCCUGAAGCUGGAGCAACAGUAAAGAAACUGUUUGUGGGUGGUUUAAAAGAUGACCAUGAGGAGGAAGACCUUAGACAAUAUUUUCAAAGUUAUGGUAGCAUAAAUUCAAUUAGUAUUGUGACUGAUAAAGAGACAGGCAAGAAACGUGGUUUUGGUUUUGUUGAAUUUGAUGAUUAUGACCCUGUGGAUAAAAUUUGUUUACAACGUAAUCACCAAAUACGUGGCAAACAUGUAGAUGUUAAAAAGGCUUUAAGUAAAGCAGAAAUGGCUUCUGCAUCAGGAGGUGGUGGUGGCAGUGGUGGUGGUGGUAGCAGAGGAGGGCAAAAUGUAGGAAGAGGACCUCGUGGCGGCAAUCAGGGAGGUGGUAAUUGGGGAGGUCGAGGAAGCGGCGGUGGUGGGGAUUGGAAUAAUGGUGGUAAUCAAGGUGGUUAUGGUGGAGGUAAUCAAGGAGGUUGGGGCGGUAACGGUCCUUGGGAAAAUCAGAAUCAAGGUAAAGGAGGUGGCUGGGGAGGUCAAGGAGGACAAGGUGGAUAUAAUAGUGGUGGAAAUUGGAGCAAUGACAACUUUGGAGGAGGUUACCAACAAGGCUAUGGCGGUGGUCCAGUACGGAAUAAUUUCAACUCUGGAGGAAGACCUGCACCCUAUGGUAUUAAUAUGGGUCCUAGUGGCCGACAGUCUGGAGACUCGAGAUGGCUACCACCCUUCGGUGGACAAGGUCCAAUGGGUGGUGGAAAUUCUGGAGGAGGUGGCGGGGGUUAUGGCAAUCAAGGAGGCUAUGGCGGUAGUUCUCUUGGAGGUGGAAACAUGGGAGGUGGAGGUGGCGGUGGUGGAAGAAGAUAUUAAAAUGCGUUAUCCCACGGUUGCUUCCCUUACAUGGUGAACCUACUACUUGUCUUCUAGUCGCCAGUACUUCUGUACUGUUUAGUAUUGGAGCAGGCAGGGCUAUAAGGCUAGAGACAAGACCAGGCAGGACAAUCAGGAUACAGGACAGAGAAGCGUCAUCUUAAUAGAUCACAGUGAGGGAGGCUUUUGCUUGUAUUUCUUUUGGUAUCUAGCACUUAUCGCAUAUAUCUUACAUAUUCAAUCAUUUAUGUGAAAAUAUUACAUCACAAUUUUCUAGACUGUGCCUGAACUCAUUGUGCAGCACAUAUGAUAUCCAAAAAAAAAAAACAAAAAAAACAAUUAACGUAUUACUAUCGUCGCUAUUAGAAAGCAAGAUAUGUGUUAAUUUGAUUAUUCAGUUACUAUGGCUAGGGAUACAUCCGUGCCAUCCAAAUAUUAAACUGUGUAACACUUUGUCAUAUUUACUUCUGUAACAUCUUCAAAAAUGACUAUAGAUCUAGGACUAUACAUUAGACGUUGGAGAGCACGAUUGUUUCUCUAAUUUAAUAAAAUAUAUUGAUAUAGCAGUAUAUGUAAGAAUCUAGGUUUUGAUAUAUUGAUAACUUUUAUUUCACAAUAAGCAAGGUGGUUCUUAUAUAGAUUAAAAAUCUCAGGAUAUAAGAGGGAAAAUGCAUGGAAAAAUGUUAAUAUGAAAUGAAAUUAAUGAAUUGACGAGAGAACCAGGUAUAUAAAAAAUCAGUUAGCAUUUUUGUAGGUGAUCUACGUUAAUUAAUUAUUUAAGUUGUAAUGUUUUAAGAGUUAGUUAAUAAAAAUG